AGAGAGAGAGAGAGAGAGAGAGAGAGAGAGAGACUUAAGAGUGUGUCACAAGUCAAACUUAGAAGCAGAGUGAGUGAGUGAGUGAGAAAGCCACAGCUGCAAAGGCAAACAUAUCAAAACAAAAGCUGUCUCUGGGGGAGACAGAGAGGAAAAGGAUACACGUAGAGAUAGAGACAGGAGAUAAACACGGAAGAAGCACUGGAAUAUUACACUAUAGACAUGGCAGUGACGGGAGAGGAAACAGAAUCAGUUGGUUUUGCAUAUAGCAGCUACAGGAGACAUGCCUGCAUAUCAGAUGCGGUCCACAUCAUCAGGGAUUCCACAGGGUAUGGUCAUGUCUGCAUCGCCGAGGGCAAUCCACAGUCCUGAGCAACAAACAGAGGAGGCCACACGCAAGCGAGAGGUUCGCCUAUUGAAGAACCGACAGGCAGCACGAGAGUGCCGUCAGAAGAAGAAAGAAUAUGUGAAGUGUCUGGAGAAUCGCGUUGCUGUGCUAGAAAACCAGAACAAAACACUAAUAGAGGAACUCAGAGCUCUCAGAGACAUUUAUUGCCACAAGCCUGAGUAACAUAUACACACUUGCACACACAUGCACAAUUAAUCGCAUGCUUAUAGAUUGAUCCUUAAACGGCAACAGAGAUUUAAAGACUGUCUAGAAUCAGAAAUAGCUUCUGCUUGUGAAUGAUCUGAAUCACUUUUUAUUUGUUGUAUUUUUGUUGCUUUAUUUCCUAUUCUAUAUAUUCAUAAGAAAGAAAAACAUUAUGGUUGUAUUGAAUUUAAUGCUAUUCUUGACAUUCCUGUAUUUUCUUUUGUGAGUGAAGAGCAAUGUAUGUAGUUAUUACAUGUCAUUACUAAACAUGGAGCACUUUAAAGCCAAAUUAUUCCUGCCAAAUUGGAAGUGAUUAUUGGGGUGUGUUGAAGCAGUCACCUAAUAACCUACCAUGUUCUUACUCAAUGGAUAUUUAUCUAUUUAUAUUUGAUCCUGAAAGUGAAAUAAAGUUUGAAUAUAUACAGUAUACUUUUUUGGCUUUAAUUGAAAAAGUGAAAGCAAAGUUUAUAAAUCCCCUUAUAGUUUUAAAAAUGCUUGUUUUUUUUUUUUUUUUUAAAUAAAAUCUUGAAAUACA